AUAGCAGCCCCAAAUUCUUUCGACUCUGCAAUUCCUCGGCGAUCACUCGUCCUCACAUACUCUUACUCUCUCUCUCUCUCUCAGCCUUUUGAUUUUCGUCGCGCUCUCUGUUCCGAAGCUUUUAGUUGGAUAGGAGAUGACGGAGUCGCCGGUCCGACGAGUUGUCGGCGUCGAGUGAGUGAAGUGAGAUCCCUGUCUCUCUCUCUCUCUCUCUCUAUCAGAUCCGUGAAAUCUCUUUCUCUCUCUCUCUGUUUUAUGUAGGUACAGGGCAGGCGGUUUUGGUUGUUUGGGGGUGAAGGGAUCUGUAAAAGGAGUUCUAUGGUGGCCAGAUGAGCAAGACUGAUGUUAUUGGCAGUGGAAGGGGGAGGAUUUUUCUCGUCUUCAGCUUCUGGGUAUAGCAAGGGCCUGACCCUUCUUCUCUUGGGUCAGAAGAAGGAAGAAAAACCCAUGAGAGUUUCUCCGUGGAAUCAAUACCAGUUGGUGGACCAAGAAUCCCACCCUGACCUCCAGCUGGCUUCUACGAAGAACCGGCUUGUCCGCAGGUGCGCCUCCUUUUUCUGCUUUGGUCGCGCUGCCGCUGGACUUGAGAGCCCAUCUCCUUUAAAAGUAGGCCCUACACAACAGCAGGACAUCCUUCCUGCCCCCCCUGUUACUGACAAGGGCAAGGAUCAUAUCCAUACCACUGACCUUGUUGAAGAUGAUAGUAAUACAGGAAAGCUUGCUCUUAAGAGCAACUUGAAGAAGCCUACAAAUACCCUUCCAGUUUCUGGUGGGGUUGUUAGUGAAUGUGAGGUAUUGUGUGAGAAUGGAAGUGACAUCCCUGGUCAUAUGGAAAGAAGGAAAGUACAGUGGACGGAUGCUUCAGGAGGAGAGAUUGCUCAGAUCCGGGAAUUUGAGCUCAGUGAUGUGGGUGGAUCGGAUGAUGAAUUUGACAAUGGGGAUGAAAGGAACUGUUCAUGCAGAAUAAUGUAGCUUUGGAUUUACUAGAAGAGUGAGUCCGCUCAACUUCUAUUAGAAGGCAAUGAAUGAAGUAAUGGUUGAGUUACAACCAACGGAGCUUGCUUCAUUUCUAUCAUGUUCUGCUAAAGUUUGGAUAAAGGAAAAGCGGGAUUUGAAUCCAGUACAUGCGACCAUUUUCGAAAUUUUUUAAUCUGGGAUGGCUUCAUCAGAAUGAUCAGUUGUGUCUAUAUUUUUUUGGGGAUUUUCAUUUUUUGUCUAUCUGGGUUUUGCUUGUUUGUCUUAUAUUCAUGUUCAUACACAAUGCCUGCAUUGGCCAUUGUUUGUCGUAAUUAAUGUGUUAUUUUCAGUAUUAUUUUUUUGUC